GCGGGUUCGUUGGUGGAGACGUUGGCGGCGAGGGCGCUCGUCGUGGCGGGCGUGCCCGUGGGUUCCAUUCCCCGCCCCAUCGGUUCCAGCGGCGGCGGUGGCAACGCCAAUACCAGCGGCAAUGCCAACGACGUCGGUCUCACGUUCGUGCGCGGCAUGGAACCGAGCGAGCGCGCCGCGUCCCUCCUCGUCAAACUCCGCGCGUUCAUGUCCGACCACGUGUACCCCGCCGAACCCAUCCUCGAGGCGCACGCCGCGAGCGAUCGGCGAUGGGAAGUUCACCCCAAAGUCGAGGAGCUCAAGGCGCUGGCGAAAGCGGCUGGACUUUGGAACCUGUGGCUGCCCCGCGACUCGGGUCGGUUGCUGAAGAUCGCGCCGGGUCGGCCCGGGACGGACGAAUCAGAAGCUGACGCGUGGAUGCGUGGUCCGGGUCUGACGAACUUGGAGUACGCGCACCUCGCCGGGUGCAUGGGCGCGAGCGUGUGGGCGUCUGAGUUUUUCAACUGCUCGGCGCCGGAUACGGGAAACAUGGAGGUGCUCCUCCGGUACGGCACCAAGGCACAGCAAGAACGGUGGCUCCGGCCGCUGCUCCUCGGUACGAUUCGGUCGUGUUUCGCCAUGACGGAGCCCGCUGUGGCGUCUUCGGACGCGACGAACGUCACGAGUUCCAUCGUUCGAAGGGGCGACUCGUACGUGGUCAACGGUCGAAAGUGGUGGACCAGCGGGGCGUGCGAUCCCCGGUGCGAGUUGGCGAUUUUCAUGGGAAAGACGACCCCGGACGGCACCCCCGGGGUGCCGAAGCACCGCCAACAGACGAUGGUGCUGGUUCCCAUGCGAACGAAGGGGGUGACGGUGGUGCGGCCGUUGCCGGUGUUUGGGUACGACGACGCGCCGCACGGGCACGCGGAGACGACGUUUGAAGACGUGGUGGUGUCGGUGAAGGACGCGGAGCUUCUCGGGGAAGGUCGCGGGUUCGAGAUUGCGCAGGGGCGGUUGGGACCCGGGCGGUUGCACCACUGCAUGCGGCUGAUCGGGAUGGGGGAGCGGGCGCUGACGCUCGCCGCGAGACGCGCGGAGGCUCGCGUGGCCUUUGGACAGCCCCUGUCGAGGAACGCGAGCGUCCUGCAGACGCUCGGCCGCGCGCGCGUCACCCUGGACGGCGCCAGGCUCGCCACCCUCGACGCCGCGCGGCGCCUCGACGCGGAAGGCAACAAAGCCGCCAAGGGCGCCAUCGCGGCGUGUAAGGUUGCCGCUCCCGCGGCGGCCAUCGCGGUGAUCGACGCGGCGAUACAGAUUCACGGCGCGCUCGGCGUGUGCGACGACACCCCUCUGGCGCGGAUGUUCGCCGGGGCUCGGACGCUUCGGCUGGCGGACGGGCCGGACGAGGUUCACCUGGAGACCAUAGCCAAGCUCGAGGUUAGGAGGUCGAGGAUGUGACGCUUGUAAUUUUUUUUCCGCCGUCGUCUG